AUGGAGGACUUUCGGAAGCAAGAUGACAUCUACAUCCCCGUCCCGCCGACGCCACCGCCGCAUGCCACCACCCCAGCCCGCCGGCGAUCGACCCGAUCACUACUUCAGCCCAUGGUUCGCUUCGCCUCGCCUAAGGACGCCAUCACACCGAGACGCCGGCCAAAAACGCCCAUGGCAGCACCUAUUUCGCGGCAGCAAACACCUGCAUUCCCGUCCGCAGUGCCAGAAGAGGAAGAAGAGAUGCCUCCGGCCCCGUCCAAAGAGCCCUCGCCCAUCUCUGUCUACACGGACGCUACGGGAGACGAACACUCUGUAGAUCUGGACGGUUUCCCGAUGCCGCCAGAGUUCACGGACAUGGAGUAUUUGACUCCUAUCCAGGAGACGGAGGACUGGGUUGAUUUGGAGGAGACGACGGGGAAGGUUUACGUCUUUGACCCCGCUCGUCUGUCUGGCGAUCACUCGAAAGACGACGACGGGUCUGAUUUGGAGACGCCGUUUUCUGACGACUCUACGCUAAGGGGAGAAGAGCCACCACUCAGCGAGGCGUUUUAUGUAUAUCAGUCAAAGUACACCGGCGAAGGUGUCCUUGGGGGCUUGCAUUCGGCGGCUUUGGAGAUCGUCCAUGAUGCGAGGAGGAGGAGGCAGUCUCUGUUCAGGUGGCUGCAUGUACAACAAGACAUGAUGAACUUUGAUGAGUUCACGAAUGAAAUCUCGCGAUGCCUCUCGGAAAACGAGCAGAAUGACAUCCGGAAGCUUCUCUCCGACGUGAGGAAGAACUAUUCCAAGACAGUCAGAACCAGCCGGCAAACCACGGUAAAGCACAUGGAGCCGAGCUACCUCCAACUGCCUCUACAAAAAGGGGAACAUGAGAAAGGGUCGACUCCGGGUAAGCGAACGGCAACAUGGCUCUGUGUGCCCUACUUCUCUCUCGAGGACUACUCUGGAAUCCUGGCCACUGGAAACCCAGGGGCUUACCCGCCCCAGACUCUGUUGCAAGCAUCGUUCUCUCGAAACUCCCAGAAGCGCGACAUGCAACAAGCUACGCGGCAAAUUGGGAACGGUGACAAGAGUUCCUGCUUUCACAUUCGCCAGCUUUGGUGCAUCGUUCUCGACAACUCCCUUCUCAUCACCUGCGGUUCGAUGUCCGAGGCGGCCCUGCGAGGCGACAACGUCAGCGUGGUGUCAGAGCCGGCGAAAGACCCUUCUCACAGCGCAGAGUCUGGGCGGAUCCUCGUUCAGUACGGGGAAUCAGUCUUAUGGUCUUUUCCUCUUGAGGAGUGUCAGACGUGGUUUGCGUUCAUCGCCCACUUCGCCGACUUCUGGCCCAAGACAGUGCGCUUCCACUUUAACGACCGUCAGCUGGGCGAAGCACGUUGGUGGAAGGUUUUGCAGUUUGCUAGCACAUCACGCAGAAAUGUCGUUGUCACGAUGGAAACCAGAAAACGGUUGAGCUAUCCGCCGGGACAUGGAAAAGCAAACGAGAGGUUUCACGUCUUCAGCUGGGCUGACGCUCAUAUCUCAAGCCCGGUCGAGGGCCCCAACUUUAUUGUCCUACAAAAACAGCUUUCCGAAGUAGAGGAUUUCUUGACUGCCGAGACAAACGGGCCGGACCGGCGAGCUUACUUGGAUUCCGAGGCGUCUGGUCGAGACGAGGUCUACGCCUACCUUGAACAGCAGGGGGCUGCCAUCCAGGAGUUAAAGAACAAACCUUGGAAGAAGCAGGACUACGAAGACCGCGUUGACAUAUUCAACGCUGCCGACACUCUGUUCAGAUUUUUCCUGCCUCCACUGUUUGACGGGCCAACAACUGAGCGGUUUUGGGGGGCUGUGGUGAACCUCGUCUGGGUCCCCGUAUCCGACUCCGCAGAUGGCGAACCUCACCCUCACGGACUCGACAAGAGACGACGCGACGCCGUCUUCGCCAACGCCCCAACGAUAAGAAAAGCUUUGCGGCAACUCGCCCUCCCUGUCAUGGCUUUCAAGAGCAUCCUGUCUCACGCUGAACCUACGGACCGCCUGGAGAUCGAUGUGCCUAUUGACCUGAUCCGUGCUUGGCUUCAUCUGGUCAUGGGUCUGAUCUACGCCAGUCAUGAGACACACAUGUGGGAGGACCAUCUGGACGUGGCCGACUCUUUGGUGAAGAGCGGCAUGAAGCACAUCAUGGAACGCCUGUCAAAUCUUAAGCUCUUGGAACGCUCUUCCGUCCUCCCGCUGGAGGUCGUAUCCCUGAUCGGAUACGGACUCCUCUCCAACACGUCUGAAAAGUAUGCUGGAAUCAGCGACACAUACUCUGAGUAUCUCAGAGCUUUGGAGAACGAAAUUGCAAACGGGGCGUCAGACAUGACUUAUCAGCAGCGAAUCAACUUUUUGCGUCAGGAAGUCACCGUGAUCAACCGCACAAUAGCUGCGCAAAACAGUGUUUUCAACUCUAUUUUGGCAUCUCGGGACGAAGGUUCAUCCACAACACCAAAGCACCGCCGUCUGAACGCGGUCCAGUACAGUGAGGUGAACAGACGAGAGGGUGCGUCCUUGCGGAAUCACCUGCGCAUGGCGAGGAACAGAUACGCCGAGGACGGCGAGGCGGACGUUCUGCUGGCAUCCAUCGCUGAGGUGUCAGACUUUUACAAGCUUCCGUCCACGGAUGCUGCUGGCUUCAGGGAUCUCCUCGCCGCAGAGUGCACGCAACUGUUGGAGCGUCGGGCAAGAGACUUUGAUGAAUAUGCUGAACAGGCCGAUGUCCUGGAGCAGACGAAUCUGAACAACGCAGCGGUGACGAAGGACCGGCAAGAGCAGGCCAUUUAUGCUUUCACCAUUGUCACAAUCAUAUUCCUGCCCCUGAGCGCAGUGUCGAGCAUCUUCGGGAUGAACACGAGCGACAUCCGUGACAUGGAGGCCGGUCAGUGGCUCUACUGGGCCUCUGCGAUACCAGUCACCAUCCUGGUCAUCGUGCUUGGUCUGUGGUGGAUGGGAGAGCUAGGCCAUCUGUUCAACUGGAUGGCCAAUAAGUUUCGCCGCGAGGACAAUUUCGUAUCCGGGUUCUCUGCACACGCUGGCAUCUCAGAGAAGUCAAAUCACCAUGACGCGAUGGAGGCGCGUGAGCUCCCUGCUCCGAGGGCGGCUGGGUAUGCUCGACCGCCGUCAGCUAAACAGAACUUCAUGAGGCGGACGGUGAAGCUGGUUCGGUCAGAUGGUGCGUCACGGCGGCAGCAGCGCGCGAGGAUGUCGGCGGCUUGA